AUGGCUGCCGCUCGCGGGGAGGGAGCGCGUGAUUCCGAUGUGCAUUCGCUGCUGCAGAACCACCCGGAGUACGCCGCGCGGGGCGUGCAGCUGGUCAUGAUCGGCGGAUGCCGGAAUGCGAGCGACGAGGCUCGCGUGGAGGGGUUGCGGAAGCUUGCCAGCGAGUUGGGUUGCCAGGACCAUGCGCAAUUCGCGCUGAACGCACCGUACUCGCAGGUGCUCGCUUGGCUGGGUCGUGUGAGUGUUGGUCUGAACACCAUGCUGGAUGAACACUUCAGGAUCAAUGUUAUGGAGUUUAUGGAAAACAGAAAGUUUAUGAUUGGAUCUGGGCCUAUGACAUGUCUGGUGAAAUAUGGAUGCAUGGCACCAUACUGGCUUCUAGUGUCAGCUGUCACCACAUCAGCCAGAACUUAUGGCAAGUGGAUUGUUGAUAUUAUUCAUCUCGACACUAUCCUUCGAGCUGCUCACCUCCUACCUGUCUUUGGUGAUGAGCCUGUUCCUCGACACUUCAAAUUCAUGUCUUCGUUGGUCUCUUUCCAUCACUACUACAUCAAUAAGUACACUGACCAUCAUUCACAUGAGAUCACUUUCCAAAUCAAAUGA